UGUCUUAUUUCUUGUUUCAUGAUUAGUGGGGUCAGGUUGUCAGUUUUACACCGGCGAUCAGGUGGACUGUAGUAGUGACAAUUGAAUGUGAUUAGUGCAAUCGCGGGUGUAAACACCCCUCUCUCUCUUUCUCUCCUACGCGCGUCCGUUCGCCAUGCGAGACAUGCCGCUUCAAGGAUUGCGAUAAUAUGGCAACGUUCGACGAGUCUGAUCAGAUCACACCGCAUUUAACAUAUGCUGCCGAUAAGCUCGAAUGGAUCCCGUUGUCUCUGACACUGGUGGAAUAUCCGCAAGGGGAUCUUUUCGGAAAGCUAUUAGCUGUGUUAAGUCUAUUGCCCUUUGCCAUUAUAACUGGUUUUAUCACAUUAAUACUUUUUAGGAGAGAUUUACAUACUAUUGUAUUUUUUAUUGGAAUUAUUAUCAAUGAUUGUAUAAAUUCUGUAUUGAAAUAUACAAUUUGUGAAGCAAGGCCGAUGAAGAGAGAUAGCUUGUAUGUCGAAUAUGGUAUGCCAUCUACGCAUGCACAACUUAUGUGGUUUUUUACUGCAUACACAACACUUUUUAUAUAUUUUAGAUUAAAUUACAACUGUACGAUAGUUGAGAAGUUUUGUCGGACAAUAGUAGCAGUAGGAUGCAUUAUCACAGCCGUACUGAUAACUUACAGUAGAGUAUAUCUACUAUAUCAUUCAAUUACUCAAGUAUUCUUUGGUACGUUACUUGGACUUGCAUUGGGAAUAGCAUGGUUUAUAAUUGUGCAUACGGUUUUAACGCCAUUCUUUCCUAUAGUGGUUUCGUGGCGAAUAUCAGAAUACCUGCUGUUGCGCGACACGACCCUAAUUCCUAACGUCUUGUGGUUCGAAUACACGAGUAUUCGCACGGAAGCUCGGGCGCGGGCUCGAAAGCUAUCGGCAAUCGGCAGAUCACACUGAUAAUGGCUGCUCAAUGGGCUGAUAAUGGAUAAUAAAUGCCUUGAUAAAAAACAAUUAAAAAAUAUUAAACAUUCCUUUGAUUGACAAAGCUUGAAAAGUAACUUGACAAUGUGUCUGAAAUAUUUGAAUCAAUACUCGAUUUUGUUAUCAGAAAAAAUGAAAUGUUCGACAUCAUUAUCUAACAUUGUUAUUAUAUUACAAUAAUUGCUAAUAUUAAUAUAAUAUUAAGCAUUUUUAUUGAAAGAAACAGUCGUGUGAUACAAGUUUACACGAUUCGCGAUUGUUGCACAAGAUGUAUAAAAAGGAAACAAGUUAUUUAGUGUGCAUAGCUAUAUUAAAAGACAAUUGUGCAUAUGUCACCAAGAUUAUCUUGGUUCAUAGUUGGUCAAAUGCUUGUUCCAAUUUUAAGCAUGAGUAUACUGAACGAGUUACAUUUUCUUUAUGUUUUGCUAUCAAAUAUCCAACAGUACAUUUUGUACAGAUUCCUAAAGGGAUAUAUAUCCCGCAUUAUUCUUCUUCAUGUGAUCCAAAUACUUAAUUAAGUUAGAUCGAAAUAUUAACAAAGAAUUUAUGCAUCUACAGUUAAUUCAAUUAAAUCAAGAUUAGAAAUUGAAAACAAGGAACGAUUAGUUGCUUGCCUAACAGUGAGUAGCUGCAAAGAAAAAACAACAUAUUGUUUCUGAACAAUAUGUCUAGUUUACUUGACGAUUACACCAGAGAAUUAUUUAUUGCAAAGCUUUAUUGGCAGAUUCUGAACUUUUCUACUAAUGUUUUAUUGAAACUUCUUCCAGAGUGUCACGCCAAAAUCUCAUUUCCAAAUGUUCAGUACACGUUAAUAUACAUUGUAUAUACAUUGAGAUAUUUAUUUUUCAAAAAACAAGUGAGAUUAAGACAUAUGAUAAUGCAUUUAGUUACAAGCAACCAUUCAAGUGAAAUGCAACAAAGAACGUUAUGAAAAGUACUGAAUAUAAAUAAAAUUAAAUAAAAUUAUUAAUAAAAAUCAAUAAAAUUGUAAUGCAUACAAUGUAUUUUACACAUUGUAUGUAUCCUAAGUGUGUUGGUGCAAAUUCCUUCUUGUUUAUCGUUGAUUUAUUAUCAUGUUAUUGCCUGAAAAUUAAAUAGUAUAUCAAUCUGAA